GAGUUUGUUGUCAGCUGUGCUCGCUUCUAGCUGGGACUUGCGUUGGCGGCUGCGCAGGCGUGAUGUGAGCAGGAUGAUCCCCUAGCAAGAGCAAGGGGAGAGCGACAUUACCGCGGUGCCGUGUCUUUGAGAGCAAGAUCAGGGUCUGAGUCUAGGUGCGAAAGGGCACCAUUGAGGGCGUAGGCCUCCUCUUAUCCCUGCCGCCUGCCGGCGGUAGGAGCAGGCGGGUGGUACGCAGUUUUCCGAGUUGAGAUCAUGAUUGCGAUCCUGGAAAUGGCGCAUGCCGAGGUUGUUCCGCCUCCGGAGGUGAAGGCAAUGAGCGCUAGAACGGUGGGGACCACUUCUCCGACCAUCAGCAUUCCCAGCGGUGCAAGCGACGAGUACGGUAGCGAUGUGGGCGACUUUGAUGACCUGCCGUCUCUCCCCAAGGACACCAAAGUGCUUAUCAUUGGCAACAGUAGGACGAAGCGCGUGUUGGUCGGGCUGCGCGGAGUUGUGAAGAAGUCGGUGGGCCUGGGAGGGUGGCAUUGGCUGCAACUGGAAAAUGGGGACCUAGUGAAGCUUCAACGAAACGCCCUGCACAUCCUGGAGGCGCCAGCUGGCGUCUGGGAUUUUGGCGAUGACAACGACACCGAGUUUGAGGGGGCCCUCCCCACGAGUCGAUCAGAUGGGCUGUCAGGCCUGCCCAGCCCGCCGAGCGUCCGGCCCAAGUCGCGCAAGUCGGGGCAGUCGUUCCGCACCGCCCUCACGCCGACGCCCAACCGAUUCAGCCUCGGCUUCAGCCGCUACGAGGCCAUGCAGACUCUCAAGUUCGCGGCCAUGGACGACGAGAACUGGCGGCCGGAGGUGGACCUGACGAAGCUCGACACGGCGUGCCUGCGACGCUACCGGCGAAAAUACGGGCUGGAGGACGUGACCCACAAUUCCAGCAAGCAGGACCUGUACGUAGCCGUACGGAAACACUUCAACUCCAUGAAGGAGAUACUCUCGGAAGAUGACAUCAUCCCCAGCUUCGUGCAAGCGGUCAAACGCCACAAGAGGAACCACGUGGCCUCUCAUUAGAGGGCCACGUCGCCCAGUGCGAGAUCAGGUUUACAGAUUGCCGCGAGGUAAUCGACACGGGGGGGCAACGAACGCCCAGCAGGAGCCCCCCCGCCGCAUUCACUGUGAAAUAAUUCUGGGCCCCGCUUGGCGCCCGCAUAACUUAUAGAUUGUUUGUCAGUCUCAGGAGGUUUUGGCUGCGCCCGCUGAGACGAUCUUGUGAGGGGAAUAGUCAAACCAGGCCCCGGGGGAAAAGGAGGGGGGUCGGGAUUGUCAUAGAAAUUGCUCCCCCCGAAACGGCAUUCGACGGGAACAGGUCAAAUAAGGGCGCCCGGGGAGUGUUUUUACAUAGAAAGUUGUUGAGAGCUUCAGAGCGGACGGACUGACUAGGUUGGGUCAAAGGCAAGCCGGGCGCGAAUCCCUUCAGGUGAACAGUGUACUCUACACAGACGACAUCCUGCCUGAGGGAUCGCUUGGCAGCUCCAGACAUUCUGGCACUCGUGUGUAGCAAUGCAAAGCAGCCCUGUACGAUUAGAUUGCUGAUCUUGGUAGGUUAGCCCCCUGUGUAUCAAGUAGGUAGCUAGAGUUGAGUUGAUGGAAACGAGUCUGGAGAUAGUCGUCUGUGCGGUGAACUCUGGUCGAAUAGCUUUUAACCUUUUAGAGGUUGAGAAGGACGGUUGCAAAUGCGCCGGGUGAGGUAUAUUGGACAGCUAGUUGUUGAGGAUCGUAGUGCUCGG